GCGAUCUUUUGAAAUAUUAUACGACCACCAAUAAGCGUACCUACUUCCUUACCGACCAUCGAUUGCGCUCUUGAGUCUUGACGAAAUCGCACGUCGAAUCACAUUAUGUUACCUGUCGUAGAGUAACUGGUGAAACUCAACCUCGCGCGUCUGCCGCGCGUGUCCCUCUCGCCAGUUUCGAAUGGCAAAAACCAGUUUGUCGACCGUCGACCCGUCGGCUCAUAUGUGCUGCUAUAGCCACUCCGCACGAAAGCUGACUCGACGCUGUAGAAUUUCCUCUCGAUUAUACUGUUUAUCCCCCGACAGUCGCAGCCCACCAGGAAAUCCCGACAUCGCUCUCGACAGUGUGGUGGGGCGCCAAGGCGCCAUGCUUUUGCUAGCAUUUCUGCACUUUUCUGUUUAGUCCGUCUAGAGUACUUAGUGGAAAAAUUUAAGGUAGUUUUUUAGUUGAAUUGUCACAUACUUUUGAAAUGGCCACUUGGGAUGGUUCUUAUGCAGAGCCAGAUGGAUCCAAUUAUUACGUUAACUCCCAUAGUAACCAAGCACCAGGCAAUCUUUCAACAUGGGACUAUUAUCUUCCUAAUACAAGCAACUCUUACGUACAAAACACACCAGCCCCAUAUACAUUAAACUCUAUGGUCUUCGAGCAGAGCACAUCCAAUUUGUACAAUCAUCUGGAUAGAAAUACCAUUCCACCAUUGAUGCCAAAUGUUGUUCCCGCAAACAAUGCAUAUCCAGUUAAUGGAAUUCAACAAACUGCUACUAAUAAGGUCCAUAUGGCUCCUCCGGAAGGACAUCUCAAUACCAUUAAUAAUCAGUUGCCAUGUUUCUUUGAAGAUAACAAGGCGCUAACCCAGCAAGCACCUCAAAAUCAUUAUUACAAUAAUAGAAGCAACAAUUAUCAAAACAAUGGCAAGCAUAAAGACACAAGUAAAACCUAUCCGGUAGCAAAUAUAGUUGAGCAUUCAAAUUUACACGCCACAGCUAAUGAAUUUGUGCCGAACCAAAACAAAUGGGACCGUGGCACCUCUGUAAAUCCAAACAAACAUAGCAAAGGUCGAAUGAAUAAUGAUUAUCAAAAUCAGAGUGGAGAGCAAGCAUCAAAUAAUGUCUACUUUGAAGAUAAUAAAGUUAGGUACAAUGAUCGAAAAUAUGAAAAUAAGAGGGAUGUUGGCAGAAGGUGGAGGGAUGAUAAUAGAGACAUGCAAAGUAGCCAACAUAACCAUAAUCAGUAUAAUAAACAGGAUAAAAAGGAUUACGGAAAAAAUCAAAAUUCUAGAAGAUAUCAGAAUGAUAGGUUUAUUCAUAAUAGAAACUUCCCCGAAAAAUCGCAUAAUAAUAAGCAAGAAAAAGAUCAUUCAGAAAAUACUGUAUCCGAAUCUAAUGCAAAUAGCAAAUUAGAGAAUCUAGCUGAUCAUCAAGAUAAUUCCAAUAACACCAAUGUGUUUCAUUCAUCUGUAGAAAAAGAGAAUACACAAUCGACAGGUUCUCAAAUUACUAAAAAUUCGAAAUCAUUCUCAAAUAAUAGUCGUGGAGAUAGAUAUUACGAUAGAAAAGAGAGAUACAAUCCUAGAGAUCCUAGAGAUAGAAAAAGUAAUUAUUCCGAGAACAAUGGAUAUAACAGAAGUAAUUACAGCAGCAGAGAUAACAAAUAUGAGAGGAGAGAAAACAGAAAUACUCUUACAGAAGUUCGAGAUACAACAAGUGAUUGGAGACAGAGGACAAGUCAAAUUGUGAAUAAAAGUACUAUUCUCAAACGUUCUUAUAACAAAAAAUACGAGCCAGACGACGAUGCAGAUCAAAGAGAAAGAUUAACGGAGCAACUGAAUCGAGGCCAGUUGGAAUGUCUAGUUUGCUGCGAAUCUAUUCGCCAGGCCGAUUAUGUGUGGUCAUGCAAGAAUUGUUACCACGUGUUGCACUUAAAAUGUGUACAAAAAUGGGCCAUGUCAUCUCAAGACGAAAGUGGCUGGCGGUGUCCUGCCUGUCAAAACGUUACAUUGGAGGUGCCGUCGGACUACUUUUGCUUCUGCGGCAAGACGAAAGUUCCAGAAUGGAAUCGUCGCGAUAUCGCUCACUCCUGUGGUGAGAUCUGCGGCAGAACGCGUUCUGAUGUUAACUGUGUUCACAAAUGUACGCUGCUCUGCCAUCCUGGAUCUUGUCCACUUUGCUUAGCCAUGGUCACAAAGACCUGUGGCUGCGGCCGGACGUCCCAGACGCAGAAGUGCAGCACAGGCCCAUUGCUCCAAUGUGAAGAGAUUUGUGACCGUCCCCUUAACUGCUCUGUGCACAAAUGCGAGUCGAAGUGCCAUCACGGCAGCUGCGAACCUUGCGAUAAAAUUUUUAAACAAGAAUGUUUCUGUGGGAAAAACACUCGGGAAGAAACGUGUGUUUUGGACCUGCCGCCAAUGUAUUCAUGUGAGAAUGUUUGUAACAAAGUGCUAGAUUGUGGUAACCAUAAGUGUAAAGAAAUUUGCCAUCCGGGUCAAUGUGGACCUUGUGUCUUAAAACCUGAAACUGUCAAACAUUGUUGCUGUGGACAGACUCUUUUAACUGAUAAGAGAGAAAGCUGCUUAGACCCAAUUGCAACUUGUGAUAAAGUGUGUUCCAAGCGAUUGCGCUGCGGUCAGCCGAGUAAUCCUCAUACCUGUCAAGCAAACUGCCACAAAGACGAUUGCCCUGAAUGCGAGCUGAUCACAAAAGUCAAAUGCCGCUGCGGUUACAUGGACAAAGAAAUUCCUUGCAGAGAACUGACGACUAAGGCUGAUGAUGCUCGCUGCGAAAAAAAAUGUACAAAGAAACGUUCCUGUGGCAAGCACAAAUGCAACCAGAAGUGUUGUAUCGAUAUUGAACACAUUUGUCCACUUCCGUGCUCAAAAACAUUGAGUUGUGGUAGGCACAAAUGUGAGCAAACAUGUCAUAGAGGUAGAUGCCAGAACUGCUGGCGCAGCAGCUUCGACGAGCUGUACUGCGAAUGCGGUGCCGCGGUCAUCUAUCCUCCAGUGGCCUGUGGCACGCGUCGACCCGCUUGUGACAAGCCCUGCUCUCGCGAGCAUCCCUGCAGCCACGAAGUCCUGCACAACUGUCACAGUGAUCCGACGUGUCCACCAUGCACUGUACUCACACAAAAGUGGUGCUACGGUGAGCACGAACUGCGCAAGGCUGUGCCUUGCUACGUCAAUGAUGUUUCCUGUGGUCUACCUUGCAACAAGCCCAUCUCAUGUGGUAGGCACAAGUGCAUACAGAUGUGUCACUCUGGCCCUUGCGAGAAACCCGGACAGGUAUGCACACAACCGUGUACUGUACCUAGGGAACUUUGUGGUCAUAUAUGUGCCGCGCCUUGCCACGAGGGAAAAUGCCCCGAUGCGCCUUGCAAGGAGAUGGUCAAGGUUACAUGUCAAUGUGGAAAUAGGACAAUGUCCCGCGUAUGUGCGGAAAACUCUCGCGAUUUUCAAAGAAUCGCUAGUGGAAUUUUAGCUAGUAAAAUGGCAGAUAUGCAGCUUGGUCAUUCAGUUGAUCUUGAAGAAGUCUUCGGCCAGGGAGCUAGGAAGCAAAAUCAACUGAAAACUCUCGAUUGCAAUGAAGAUUGCAAAAUGAUCGAAAGAAAUCGGAAGCUGACGCUUGGUCUUCAAAUUGUGAACCCGGAUCUGAGCGGAAAGUUAAUGCCCAAAUACAGCGAGCAUAUGAAAGAGUGGGGUAAAAAGGACCCCGUGUUUUGCCAGAUGGUGCAUGACAAACUCACGGAACUAGUUCAACUGGCAAAAACUUCCAAGCAGAAGUCUAGAAGCUAUUCCUUUGAAAGCAUGAAUAGAGAUAAGAGACAGUUUAUACACGAAUCAUGUGAACAUUUUGGUUGCGAGAGUCAGGCUUAUGAUCAGGAACCCAAGCGUAAUGUCGUCGCAACCGCUGUUAAAGAUAGGUGUUGGUUACCAAGUUACAGCCUCUUAGAGUUAUUGCAAAGAGAAAACGGUCAACGGAAAGUACCAGGACCGAUGGUUAACAUCAACCAAUUAAACAGGUCAAAACUGAACAGCACUGACACAACUUAUAGAAGCAUGGAUGUUGUGUUGAACUCGAAGAGAAGUUUAAAACCUCUACCUGCUGCUUCAGCUUCACCUCCAGCGGAAUCUCCAGGACCAGAGAUAGACUAUUUUAAUUACAAUGGUUGAUGAUACCUGCAUGUGUUUUAUGUCUCAAAGUAAAGUAUGGGCAUCGAAUGAAUUUGCCAGUAGGCGGCAACAAACAAUCAAUUAUUAUCAAUUUAUUAUUUAUACUUACAGCAGAUGUAUUCACAAUUUAGUUUUCUGAACUAUGAUUGUUAGUGUACAUUAUUUUUGAUUUAUAAUCAAAUGCAAUUAAAAAUAGCAAACAAUUGAAAAAAAA